AUGGAGGACUACGACACGGAGUCGACCAUGAGCGAACUCAGCGACCACUACCUGAUGGUUCACCCCGAGCUCGCCAAUGCAGAGACGCCAGUCAUGACCCAGAAGUCCUCUUCGUGGGGCUUCAAGCGCAUCCUUACUGAUAUCAGAGCUACGAUCAUUCAAUCGUAUCCAGGCGCGCUUGCCGAUCUCAAGGGCCUGAACCCAGACCUCUACGCAGUGCCAUUCGGAACUCGCAUCAUCACCAUCAAGACAAACUCCGAGGAGAAUGUCCGCUUUUCGGUGCGCAACAAGGUCUGGUCGACUCUCGACAAGGUAUCAGAGCGCAUCAUGAAGAUCUGGGACGCUCGCAAGGACAAGCAGGAGAAGGUUUUGCUCCUCUUCGCCGUUACUAGCUCCGGCCAAUUCUGCGGUGUUGCAGAGAUGAGCGGCCCGUGGGACAAGAAUCACUCUAUUGAGGGGUGGAAUGAUGAUACUCAUGAAAGUGUCGGCUCUAUCCCGGUCACCUGGAUUUACGUCAAGAACGUCACUUUCGGCAAGUUCAACCAUCUUCGCACAGGCAAGAAAGACUUGGCUGUCAGCAACACGUGGAAUGGCAUGCAUCUCGAGUCUGCUGUUGGUCGCCAAACCAUCCAGAUUUACGCAGAGUCGCCACACAUUAGCAACAUUCUCGCCUUCACGCCAGCGCAGGCUCAGGAGGAGGCUGCUAAGUACGCUCAGAGGAACCUCCAGAAGCAAGCUCAGGCGGCCUUCUACAAUUCAUCGAACGACUUCAUCGGCCCUGGACCCUCUGACGUCCGCAACUUUCGCAACAUCACAGCCCCGCAGCGCAAUGUGCUCGCCUCCAACAACUGGCGCGCUCAGGAGAACGCUUUCCGACAAGCCACUGGUUAUGGUGCUGGCAUUGCCAUGCCUAUGCAGCCUUCCACUCCCUCCCGCAACGGCCCUCCAGCUUUCGACGGCGCCGGCGAUGUCGCAAACACGUCGACCUCAGGCGGAUUGUUCACGUGCAUCGUGGAUGGUCACGGCAACUACAUUCCAGUCAAUCCCCCGACUUCUAACUCGUACGCUGCACAGCCAAUCAUGGGCACGGGUGACUGGAACGGCAAUCAGCGCUUCCAGCAGAACAGCCGUAGCAUCGACAGCUUCGAUGGCUCUCUCAUGCAGCGCGGCGGUUAUCGCGGCGGUCCUCGUGGAGGUCAUCGUGGCGGCAAAGGCAACGUUACGCACGUUCACAACUACAAGUAUAUCAACGUCAGCCCAGAUAAUAGUGAGUCUGCUGGCAAUCCUCGCCCUCUCCAGAACGCUGCCUCGAGCGCCAGCAUGACGUCUUACCUAGCGAAUGGUCUAUCCAGUGCUCGCAGCUCCAGCUUGCAGCAUGCUAUCUCCGUUGCCGAGUUCGUCCCUCGGUCUCUAGCCAACCGCUCGCUGCUCCAAAGCACCCUUAAGAGUGCCGCCGUCAGGCACGCCGCCUCAAGCGCUACCAUGACGGAGUCAAAGUCAAGUGGAAGCUUCGUCACCCAAGCCGAUCCUCGUGGUCCAGUCACGGCUCCUUCCAUCACUGGGACGCUCAACAAUGCCGCUACGAACACGGGCAAUGACCAGGACGACAUGCAGAGCACUGAUUCGUAUCCAAGCUACAUGCGUGGCGCAGACUCUAUGGCAGGCUACGACCCACGUCCAGGGCCACCUCAGCAAGUCACCGUCCCUGUCGACUACAAACAGCAAGUCCCUCAGCUCGAGCCUGCGCCUGCUCGCAUCCGUAGCACCGACGGGAGUAGUCCCACGCACGCAGCCGUCGGUAGCAUCGAGAAGCUGCCGAACACAACAGCCAACUGGGUUCAGAAGACUCCUACGCACGCCGUCACUUUCGACCCGACUGAUGCCGACGAUCGCCUUAAAGCUGUCGCUAACGGUCUUGAUCUGGCCAAGCGUACGCUCUUCUGGGGCUGGAUUAGCCGCAAGAACGUCGUCGGUAAGAAGCUCGAGUCACUCAACGGCCGUGGCGGCCCGGAACUCUACGAGCUGGAGUCUCAGUACACUUUCAUCCUGUUGCAGAUUCGCGAGCUUGGGGUCGAUCUCGGUGCACUCCAGCCGCCACCUGCUCCUGAGACACCACGCUCUGCUCCAGCAUCUCGUAUCGGCAGCGACAUGCUUCACGAUGGCUUCACCUCGGCCAGUCGCAACAAGUGCAACGGAUGCAGCAAAUGCAACGGUGGUGAGGAGGGUGUAGAGGCUGAUGGGACCGUCUACGGCCAUGUUCGCCACAGACACGCUGGCUCGAUUGGUGCCCGCAUCAUUAAGCAGCUCAACGAGAUCAUCGCUAGUCCACCAACUAGCAAGCGUUCGACCUCGCCUGUCGACUCCACCUCUGCUGGUAGUGGAGAGGAGACGGCUGAGUCCGAGGUCACCGACCCCUUCGAGGGCAAGACUGGUGGGGUUCGUCUGUUCGAUGGGCUGGCGAAUUAG